UAUCAUGACUUAGAAGCUGUAUUUACACAGUAAGAUACGUAAAUCAUCGAGAGGUUUUAAAAACAGAUAUCUUUCUCCUAUUUAUAUUUUCAUUAUCUGAUCUUGAAUAGAAUCCUGAGGAAAAUGGCGGAGAUGCAUGAUCGAAUAAGAUCAAUCAGUCAUAGCUGUAGAAGAUAAGCUUUUUUCGUCCUUUUCGCUGUGAAGAAUGGCCCUGAGUAAUAUGUACAAGCCACAAACAAAUAAUAUAUUAGAUCUGGAAAGUGAUGAGGAUGAUUUCACUGAAGAUGAACUAGAUAAUGAACUAGAUGACUACAGCAAGAGCUUUUCAGUCCGACAYGUCAGCUCAAAAUCAGAAGUACAGAAGCCACUUAUGGCCCCACACACGAAAACAAAGAUUCGGCACAAGCAUACAAAACCUUGGUGCACAACAAAGUCUUGUUUGUCAUGUUUUAUGUGGUUAGCAUUCUUUAGCAUCUGUGUUGUUGGUCUUGUAUUGCUUAUUUUACGUGCUAUUGAUUCUGCUGAUUUAAAUGCAAACAGUGAAUCAAACCAUGUGAAAAAAGGGAUUCAAGGGGAACAUGUUUUUUAUGGAAAUGACAAGAACAUUGAGGCAUGUGAUGUCCUUAAGACUAAGAACAUUUGGCAUUCCAAUUUACCAAAACUCAUGACCGAAACAGCUGUCCGCCUGAAUGAUGUUAAUGGUGAUGGUGUAAAAGACAUCAUCAUCAGCUUUUCCACUGGUGUUGAUGCUCAUAAACCCCCAAGACUCUCCUGUGAUCUCUACUUCAAUGGUUCAUACCCCUGCUUUGGUGGUGCUUUGGCUCUUGAUGGUAACACAGGGAAAGAACUGUGGAGGCAUUACUCUAUGCAUGAGAUUUAUGCAUUAAACUGUAAUGGAGACUUGGAUCAUGAUGGCACUUGGGAUUGCCUGUUGGGUGGUAGAGGAGGAGCUUUCCAGGCAAUCAGUGGGAAGACAGGAAAAUUGCUGUGGAACAUGGAUGAACAGCCAGCAAGAGAUGAGAAUAUGAACUUUUAUACAGCCCAGUUUAUUCGUGACCUGGAUGGAGAUGGUGUUAUGGAGGUAUUGGCUGCUCAUGGAGGCGAUCCUCUUGCAGAGGCAAACAGUCCAAAAAGACUAAAAGGUAGACUGAUCAUUUUCUCUGGGAAGACAGGGAAAGUACUUAGAUGGACAAUAGUGCCAGAUGAAAGAGAGAUCUAUUUUUCGCCAGUCUUGUAUCAUAAAAAAGAUGGCAGACAGAUGGUUAUCUUUGGGACUGGCGGAGAAACACACCCUGGUGGCUUAUGGGUGAUUCCAUUGAUGAACCUUUAUUUAGGUAUGGUGGAAACAGCCCAGCAAAUUUAUGAAGACAAGUAUAAAGGAGUCAUGACACCCCCUUUACUGGUGGAUUUAAACAAAGAUGGCACUGUGGAUAUAGUUAUAUCCAUGUUUAACACUACAGUUGCUGCUUUUGAUGGAGAGACAUACAAGAUGAUCUGGAAUUAUUCCUUUCCCAAUAGUGAAUCAUACGCAACUCCUGGAGCAGGUUUAUAUAAUGAUGAUGACAUUCCUGACAUAAUGGUUCGAUACAACUAUGGACCGGGAUUUCCUAUAUACUACUAUUCACAGGUUACCAUUCUUGAUGGGARGACUGGUCAACCACUAGUCACACCAUUCAAAAAAUCUUCAGUAGYUGUGAAUAGCUCCCCACUCUCAGUCAGUAUGGAAGGUUUGGGAAACGACCUAUUCAUCUACUGGAUGGCAGAUUGCAAGGGCUUUGAAGGAGAUGGAAAGGAAUUCUCAUUUGUUGAGGGUACAAAUGUGCAUGAACAGAGCAGAGCAGACACUUGUCAGCUGCGCUACAACACCAAGUCUUUCAGCAAGMUUAAUAUAAUGAAUAGAAGGACAGGAUUUCCUGGCAAAACAAUUUACAAUUCAGAUGAGUAUUGGGAAUUAGAACACUCGGAAAAUGACACAAUACCAUCCAAGAAAGAAGGAAGAAGAAAAAGGCAUAUAGGAGUACCCGAUCAUGGUGGCUUUCAACGUAUCAUAGCAACAGGAGGUUUGGCACCCUCCCUCCAAGUCGGCAACGAUGGUCCUGCAAACUCUAUUGAUGUAGUUUUUACAACUUAUUGGCAGUAUCCUGCUAAAGUAAGGAUUAUUUUACCUGAAGAUAAGGCUUGURUUGAACACUACAGGAAGCUUGCUAAACAAGGAAAAUUCAAGAAUAAAGUCAACACAGAGGAAAACGAGAAACUUGGCAUAUACGACGCAGGAGACGCAGCUGUCAACAUUUGUUUGAAGAAAAAAGAAAAAGCAUCGUCCACCAAUACCGACAAGAUUUACGUCAGCCAAGAAGAUUUUGACUGGUACAAGAUUCAUUUUGGUAGUUUAACAGUGUACAGAUUUCAGAUCAGUUGUGAGUGUAAAAGCCUUGUUACUGAGAACAAGUGCAGCAGAUUUCUACCAAUGAAUCAACAGGGGUGGGGAGGGUACAUGGGUACCUUGGGUAAUAGCUAUUAUUUGCCUAGAUAUUAGGCUCCCUUAAAUUCGCCACUGAGAAAAUCUUAAUAAAUUCUUUAAUAAGAAUACACAUGUAAAUAAUAUAAAUAUAUGUCUGCAGCGUCAGGACCUAAAUAAAGAUUAAAGAAUUAAUGUUAA